AUGAAGCGAGGAGCAAGCGAGGCGCCGCUGGAGCGCGUCAAGGCCAUCCAGGCGCAGCUUGCUGCGUCUACCGAUUUAAACCCGGUCGUAGAGCUGCAGGAGAUUGUGCGCUCACUGCAUAAGCAGCUCGUCGACGGCGACGAAGACAGGUCGCACCUCAAAGCACUCACGCUGGCCGUUCGUGUAGUGUCGCAGAGCUUUGUGGCGCUCUGUGCAUCCGGAACGCUGGAUGUGGCGCAUGUAACCGAUGCUGGACGCCUCGCGCUUGGCGAGGCGAGUGCUGAUCCCGCCGCACAAGUCGCGCGCUGGCUCAAGGAGCAGUGGAAUACCUUUAUUGACUUGGUGCACGAGACACUUCUCUGCUCGCCCGUGUCGUCGGUGCGCCUCGCGGCUCUCGAGGUAAGCAUGGCACUCGAGUCGGCUGCGUCCGAGGCGCUUGCCUCCGACGAGGCCGGUAAGCAUACAGGAAAGUGGUCGACGUCGCCGUUCCGCCUCCUCGUCCGCACGCUACUUUUCCGCGACGUGGCAGAGGACGUAAUUGAUGCGCUUGCCGAGUCGUACCUCGAGGUUUACGAUGAUGUGCGCUACUCGUUCUGCCGCGAAGUGAGCCGCAUCCUGCGCGCAAUUCCGGAUGCGAGCGCAAUGAACCAGCAUGUCCGCUCGCGCGCGCGCACGCUGCUGGCACGCAUCACUGCAAUUCCGACCAAGGAGUCGCACCUCAACAACUUCCUUGUGCCGCACCUUGCCAAAGCCCCGCCGAAGAAAAAGGCCAAGAAAAGUACAAAGCCCAAGUUUGGCGAGGACGGCGAAGGAAGCGACGACGAGACGAUCAAAGAGGCUGAAGAGUCUGCGCCGAUGUUUUCCGACACGGACGAGGAGAUGGACGAGGAGCCGAGUGCACCUGUGUCUGGCCACGGCCGUCGCUCGCGCCAGCGGGGCAAGGGGCUACGUGAGUCGAUGCACGGCCUUGCUGCGCAGCGCCAGGCUUUUGCCGCUGCGUGGCUGAGUUUGCUGCUGCCUGCGUCGCACGUCGACGCGAGUGGCGCGACCGUCGUCCAUGGUGGCACCUUUUCCCUCGCCGAGACGCACGACACGCUCGUGCGUCUGCAUGCACAGAUUCUUCCCCAUCUGCCCAAGCCGAAUAUGCUCCACGACUUCCUUGUCGACUGUCUGGAUGCGCGUGGGACGACUGCGCUGCUUGCGCUGAAUGGUCUGUUUACGCUGAUUGUGUCGCACAAUCUCGACUACCCCGCCUUUUACACUCGCCUGUACGCACUCCUCGAUGCGUCGGUGAUGCAUACCAAGUACCGCUCGCGCUUCAUGCGCAUGCUCGACACGUUCCUGGGCUCGUCGCACCUCCCGGUUGCGAUUAUCGCGUCGUUUCUCAAGCGCCUGAGCCGACUGUCGCUGCGUGCGACGCCUGCGGCGAUUGUCGAGAUUGUGCCGUUUGUGUGGAACCUGCUCAAGCGGCACCCCAGCUGUAUGCCGAUGAUCCACCGCGAGUGGGAGGGCGACCAUCUUGCCGUCGGCCCCAGCGGUCUGCAGGACGGAUUUGAUGCGCGCGAGCCGAACCCCUUGUACACGGGCGCGCUGGAGAGCUCGCUGUGGGAGAUUGCGUCCUUUGGCGCAUUCCGCCUCAGUCAGACGCAGCAGCAGCGUGGCGGCGAUGCCGGCGGCGACACGCACUACCUCGGUGCGGUGACGACCUUUGCGAGCAUCCUUGCCGAGCCCUUUACGCAGCAGCGCUAUGUCCUGGAAGAGUUCCUCGACACGACGUACGGCACACUCUUUGACAACGAGGCGCGCAAGACGCUGCAGCACAAGGAAAAAGCCAAGCGCCGUGCGCCGCCUGCGACCGAGCCGCUGGACGUGACGCUGGCCGUGCCGCCCAUGCUGCCCGGCAAGUCGGGCAAUGUCGACGUGGCGAUCCGCCGCGAGACGCGUAAGCGCCUGCGGCACUAUGCCUUCCCCACACAAGAUAAGGAAGAGCUGGACGAGGCGCGGCGCGCGACCAUGUCGUACGAUGCGGUGGCCGAGCUAUGGACGAUGGCCUAG